AUGGGAAACGCGACAGUCGUGAAAGUGAACGGUUACUUUUCAGAACCAGUAGACGCCAUAACAUUUCAGGCAUUAAUAGUAUCGUGGGCAUUACUCGGACUUCUCUCUGCUGGAUUGAACAUUCUCGUGUGCGCCAUGGUAAUUCAUGACAAGAAGCUUCGCACGAUGACAAACUAUCUUGUUCUCAGCUUGUCUGUCUCCGAUCUGAUGAUAGCAGUUGUGUUUGUCCCUGUGUACAUUAUCGAUCAUUAUGCUAAGACCGUAAUCGCAGGCUAUUUUGUGGCCUUCGUCUUGUUGGCGACGGUUUUCAAUCUUUGUGGCGUCACAUACGAGCGCUAUAUCGCGUUGACACGACCAUUUCGUUAUCGAGCGAUCAUUAACAACCAAAAUGUGUCCUUAAUUAUCGGCAUCUCUUGGAUCCUUCCACUGAUUAUCUCCCUUCUUCCGUUGGCUUGGAACACCGAUGCGAGUUCCACCAUUCACAAAGCCUACCUGGCGAUUAUUUUGGCCACUUGCAUCUUCAUUCCAAGUACAACAAUGGUGUGUGUUUACAUGAGUCUGCUAAGGGUGGUCCAUCGUUUUGUGAUAAGAAAUAAAAAGCGGACUUGUAAUGGGAACAAUACCGGAUACCGGGCGGGCAACGAAGAAAAAGCGGCUCGAGUGUUUGCCAUCGUUCUUUUGAUGUUCUUAGUUUGUUGGCUUCCACUCAUUUACAUCAACAUCUGUUUGAUAACAGACCAGAGACAACUUCUCUCGAAUGAACUUAUAAUAAUCUCGUUUUACACCUUAGUUCUCAACUCCAUUCUGGACCCUGUUAUCUUUGCUCUUUACAAAAAGGAUUUCCGUGACACGUUGAAGAAGCGCUUACGGCUCAAGUGUCCCGGCACAGACCAAAAUGGCAGUCCCAAAGAAGAUUCUGACAUGUGUCUAAGGAAGCUCUCUUUGAAAACCCAUAAUUUUGAGGAAGCUACAUCCCCUUAACAUCGAAUACACCAAAAAAUAUCAUAAAUACAUGCUUCAUCAUGUUGAAAAUAAAUACUUCUGAGCGACUUUUUAACAAAUACUGCAAAAGUAAAAGCACCCGUUAAUUCUAUAUAAAAAUAUUUCGAUUAGCUGAGAGCUUAAAGAAUAAAUUUCAGCUGUAGUAACGCUGAAAUUGGAAAUUACUUUCUUGUGGACAAAUUGCCGAGAGCAGUAAAUUGAACUUAAACCUUUUUACUUGUUUAUUUGUCUUUUUUGUAUGGAAAACCUUUGAAGAACUUUUUAAGAAUGAUUACUCUAUAGUAUAUCAUUUUAACUAUAACUUGUGCUUUAUAGAUUGAA